UUGCAGAAAAUAUGUAAUUGAGAACCGUUUUACUGGACAUUCGGCUAUAUACUUAUAUAAAAACAGUAUGAGCACGGUUUAGGGGAGAUAACCGUUAUUAUAAACUGAAGUAGGCUUCGAAUUUGAUUAAUAUGCUAAUGACGCAUGACGUCAUCUGGCGACAUUUAGCUACUUUUCGAGCAGGCUUUAGCUACUUUCCAUUGAAAAUAGUUGGCAACACUGCUUCGGCGAUAGAUUCAUUCGUCUGAUCUCCUCCAACUGUCGCGCUACAUAAUGGAGUCUCUCUCUACAGCACACCCGCAGUUCUGUCUCAGUCUGUUCCAGAAGAUCAGUUCAGGAAACCCCGCAGGAAAUGUCUUUUAUUCUCCUGUCAGUGUUUCUGCGGCUCUGUCGAUGCUGUCUCUCGGAGCAUCCGGUAAUACAGCGGCUCAGAUGAAGCAGACUUUGCAUUUUGCAGAUGCAGAGGGUGAAAUCCACGUUGGGUUCAAGAAGUUUAUGAAGGAGCUGAACAAAGCAGAAGCUCCGUACGCUUUGAGUCUCGCCAAUCGCCUCUAUGGAGAGCAAUCCUACCAGUUUAUUGAGAAAUUCCUUUGUGAUACAAAAAGCCUGUAUGAGGCCGGACUGGAGACCGUUGACUUCAUCCAGAAUGCAGAAGCAGCACGUGUGGACAUCAACAGCUGGGUGGAGAAACAAACACAAGAGAAGAUCAAGGAUCUGCUGGCUGAAGGAGAUGUUAAUGCGCUGACGAGAAUGGUGCUGGUGAACGCCAUCUACUUCAAGGGAAACUGGGAGAGAAAAUUCAGUGUAGAAAGCACCAAAGAGGAGCCGUUCAGGUUGAACAAGAAUGAAAUGAAGCCUGUUCUGAUGAUGUAUCAGGAGGCAAAGUUUCCUCUGGCCUUCAUCCCGGAACUGAACUGUCAGAUUCUGGAGCUGCCAUACGUUGGGAAAGAUCUCAGUAUGUUGAUCAUGCUUCCAAAUGAGAUGGAGGACGACAGCACUGGCCUUCAGAGGCUGGAGAAGGCUUUGACCUACGAGAACUUCAUGAAGUGGACCCGACCCGGCAUGAUGAAUGUUCUGGAAGUUCAAGUAUCUCUGCCCAGAUUCAAGAUGGAGGAAACCUAUGACAUGAAAGGGUUACUGGUCAGCCUGGGAAUGGUGGACGCGUUUGACCAGCAGAAGGCUGACUUCUCAGGCAUGUCCCCCAACCACGAUCUGGUGUUGUCUAAGGUGAUCCAUAAAUCAUUUGUUGAAGUGAAUGAAGAGGGGACGGAGGCCGCAGCAGCGACCGGCGUCAUCAUGAGGUUUCAAUGCUAUAUGCCUCCACGCUACUUUAAUGCAGAUCAUCCCUUCCUCUUCUUCAUACGUCAUAAUCCCACCAAGAGCGUUCUUUUCUGUGGACGCUUCUGUUGUCCUUGAGCUUCUCCUGCUGAUAUGAGAUGUUCCAGUCCAAUAAACACUUACAAUGUUCUGAAAGUUUUGCAUAAAAUGAGUCAAAAUAUCCAAAAAGUCCAGUUGUUCCUGCUCCUCUUUGAAAAUAUCCUUUGCCUUAAUUACAGACUUAAUUACUUUUUUGAAUCCUCUUUUGAAUCAUUCUGGAGAAAAAUGUUCUAUAUUCAUUUACUGUAACAUUAUGAAAAAACACUUAUGCUUGUUAAAAAAUGAAACCUGUAUUUUGUUUUAAACCUUUAUAUUAUUUGAAUAGAUACUGAUAUUGAUAUCAUUUCUCAUCCAGAUAUUAGAGAUUAUUCUCUCAUUUAACAUGUAUAUUUCCUAUAAAAGUUGCUUAAAUUCUAAUUCAAAUCGUAACAACUUUGUCAAACUGAGAAAAUAAAAAAGAUAAAUGACAGUGUCGGUGUUAAUCAACUUCAACAUUAGCAUGCUCUGUUACAGUAAAUUACAAUUGUGACUUAUGUUUAAUAAAUGGUGACUGGACUGCAGCGUAAGUGUGAAUUAAUUAGUACUGGACAUUGUCAUGAUGUGUGCAAAGCAUUAGUAAUGUAUGUAAAAUAUCAGGAAGUAAUACACAAGUCCUUCCUGUUCUGAUGAGUUGACCUGAUUCCAUCAAAUAUUGUGAACAACAAGUCACAAAGAGAUUAUUAAUAAAUGGGUUAGAACAUUUUGACAUUUCCCAUUGUUGUCAUUGUACAGAGUCUGUUAUGCAUUGAUAAUGUGUUGAAUAAAAAACAACAAUAAA